AUGGCGUCCGAAAUCAUAGGCAACGUCGCAGAGAAGGCCAAGGGCCUCACCGGUGAGAAGACUGGCAAAAUGGCCCAGCUCGCAGCCGUCACCAAGGAUGUCCACGACGACAAGUGGCGCAUCACCAGCGACUUUGGUGUCAAGCAGAACAACACCGAUGACUGGCUGAAGGUGGCGACCGAUGAUCAAACCGGCCCCUCCCUUUUGGAGGACCACUUCGCUCGUGAGAAGAUCCACCGCUUCGACCACGAGCGCAUUCCCGAGCGUGUUGUCCACGCCCGUGGUUCCGGCGCCUUCGGAAAGUUCACUCUCUUCGAGUCAGCCGAAGACGUCACUUCAGCUGGCGUCCUUACCGACACAUCGCGCGAGACCCCCGUCUUCCUACGAUUCUCCACUGUACUGGGUAGCCGUGGCUCCGCAGACACCGUGCGCGAUGUUCGCGGUUUCGCCGUAAAGUUCUACACAGAGGAGGGCAACUGGGACAUCGUCGGCAACAACAUUCCCGUCUUCUUCAUCCAGGACUCCAUGAAGUUCCCCGAUGUUAUUCACUCCGGCAAGCCAGAGCCUGACUGCGAAAUCCCCCAGGCACAAACUGCACACAACAACUUCUGGGACUUCCAGUACAUGCACCCAGAGGCGACGCACAUGUUCAUGUGGGCCAUGUCCGACCGUACCAUCCCACGCUCAUACCGCAUGAUGCAGGGUUUCGGUGUCAACACCUACACACUCGUCAACGCCAAGGGCGAGAGGAGCUUUGUCAAGUUCCACUUCACACCCGAGCUCGGUGUACACAGCUUUGUGUGGGACGAGGCACUCAAGAUUGCUGGUCAAGACCCUGAUUUCCACCGUAAGGACUUGUGGAUGGCUAUCGAGAGCGGCGCCUACCCCAAGUGGAAGUUUGGUAUCCAGGUUCUCCCAGAGUCUCGCGAGCACGACUUCGACUUUGACAUUCUGGAUGCUACCAAGGUCUGGCCUGAGGAGUUGGUGCCUAUCCGAUACAUUGGUCAGCUCGAGCUGAACCAGAACCCCGACGAGUUCUUCACCCAGACUGAGCAGGUUGCCUUCUGCACAAGCCACAUUGUCCCUGGUAUCGGCUUCAGCAACGACCCUCUCCUGCAAGGGCGCAACUUCUCCUACCAGGACACUCAGCUCUCUCGUCUGGGUAUCAACUGGGAAGAGUUGCCAAUCAACAAGCCAGUUUGCCCUGUGAUGAACUUCAACCGUGACGGUGCCAUGCGCCACACCAUCACCAAGGGCAAGGUCAACUACUGGCCUAACCGCUACCAGACUGUGCCACCUGCCACCGAAAAGGAGGGUGCUUACAUCGACUACCCAGAGAAGACCGCCGGUAUCAAGGCUCGCAUGCAGAGCAGCAAGUUCAGGGAGCACAAGAACCAGGCUGAGCUCUUCUACAACUCCAUGUCGGAGAACGAGAAGAUGCACAUGAAGGACGCUUUUGCCUUUGAGCUCGACCACUGCGACGACCCUGUUGUCUACAAGCGCCUCUGUGAGCGUCUUUGCGAGAUCGAUCUUGAGCUUGCUCAGACUGUUGCGGAGAUGGUUGGUAGCGACGUGCCCACUCAACAAACUCGCCCCAAGCACAACAAGAAGGCCAAGGGUCUAUCGCAAAUGGACUUCAUGCCUGAAAAGCCUACCAUUGCCACCCGCAUGGUCGCUAUUCUCAUUGCUGAUGGCUACGACAAGGUCGCUUACAACGGCAUCAAGGCCGCCCUGACCGCUGCCGGCGCCCUUCCCUUCACCAUCUCUCCUAGGAGAAACAAGAUCUUCGCCGAAGGUGAGGACAAGAGCAGCUCCGGCGUUGUAGCAGACCACCACCUUGAGGGCCAGCGCUCCACCAUGUACGACAGUGUCUUUGUGCCCGGUGGCGCCAAGUCCAUCGAGACCCUGCGCAAGAACGGCCGCGCUGUUCACUGGAUCCGCGAAGCCUUCGGUCACUUGAAGGCGAUCGGCGCUACCGGCGAAGGCGUGUCGUUCAUCAAGCAGGCUGUCGACCUUCCCGGCAUGGAGUUCUCGGCUGCUGCUGAUGUUGUCAACAGCUACGGUGUCGUCACUGCUGGUCAGGUUCACGCCGAUAGCUUCAAGGAGGCUGUCAACAUGGCCAAGGAGGCCAAGGACUUCACCAGUGCGUACCUGUUCAGCAUCUCGCAACACAAGAACUUUGAGCGCGAGACUGCUGGGCUUAACCAGAUGGCUGCCUUCUAA